UCCGUGUCUUUGUCUCGAGAGUACUCGUAUCAUCGCCGAGAAGUCGCUGUUGAGCCCUCGAAGAAAAAGGGAUUCUGUUCUCCCUCUAUCUCUCUGUAUGUCUGACUCGAGCUCUUCUCGCUAGCCGGAAUUGAGGCUGGAGAACUGCGAAAUUCUACGCUGGGUUAAGUAGGCAUAGAUCUUCGGCAAUCAUGCUCUCGCUGCAGGGAGAUCUUCGGCAGUACCACCUGCAACAGCAGCAGCAGCAGCAGCAACAACAGCAACAGCAGAGCCACCUGUUGAUUCCUCGGAUUUCUUUCGAUGGCAUCGGCCUCGCCGGCGUCGAUCAGAGGGCUGAUUCCUCCUUCUCCUUGCAACCUGAGUCCUCUGCCUUGUCCUCCACCAACGUCAAGUCUGAGCUGUCUCUUGAAGUUGAUGAGGACAUUCUUUUGAACCUUGCUCAUCAAAAUUACAAAGCCGGGAACUAUAAGCAGGCAUUGGAACAUAGCAAGACUGUAUAUGAGAGAAAUCCAAGGCGCACAGAUAAUCUUCUUCUUCUUGGUGCAAUAUAUUAUCAGUUGCAUGACUUUGAUAUGUGCAUUGCAAAGAAUGAAGAAGCUCUUCGUAUUAACCCACGCUUUGCUGAGUGUUAUGGAAAUAUGGCAAAUGCUUGGAAGGAGAAAGGAAAUAUUGAUGUUGCAAUCCGCUACUAUUUAGUUGCAAUUGAGCUUCGUCCCAACUUUGCAGAUGGAUGGUCAAACUUAGCCAGUGCAUACAUGAGAACUGGAAGACUAAGUGAAGCAGCACAAUGUUGCCGCCAAGCUCUUGCACUAAAUCCACAGCUGGUUGAUGCGCAUAGUAAUCUUGGCAAUUUCAUGAAAACACAAGGGAGAGUGCAAGAGGCAUACAAUUGCUAUGUUGAGGCACUUCGCAUACAACCUACAUUUGCUGUUGCAUGGUCCAACCUUGCUGGUCUCUUUAUGGAAGUAGGCGACUUCAAUAGGGCUUUGCAAUACUACAAGGAAGCAGUCAAGCUCAAACCAAAUUUUUCAGAUGCAUACUUGAACAUGGGAAAUGUCUACAAGGCUUUGGGGAUGCAGCAAGAGGCUAUCAUGUGUUAUCAGCAUGCUCUCCAAGUGCGACCAGACUAUGCUAUGGCUUUUGGAAACUUAGCUAGUUUGUACUUUGAGCAAGGCAACCUUGAGUUGGCAAUACUCAAUUAUAAGAGAGCUAUUUCCUGUGAUUCUGGAUCCUUGGAAGCAUAUAAUAAUUUGGGUAAUGCACUGAAAGACACUGGCAGAACUGAAGAGGCAAUACAUUGCUACCGUCAAUGCCUCGCUCUCCAACCAAAUCACCCUCAGGCGCUAACUAAUCUUGGAAAUAUUUAUAUGGAGUGGAACAUGACAAGUGCUGCUGUCCAAUGUUACAAGACAACUUUAGCUGUGACAACUGGGCUAUCAGCCCCUUUUAACAAUUUAGCCAUAAUAUACAAACAACAGGGUAACUAUGUAGAUGCCAUAUCAUGCUAUAAUGAAGUACUUAGGAUUGACCCUUUAGCAGCUGAUGGACUGGUGAACCGUGGUAAUACAUAUAAAGAAAUUGGGAGGGUUAACGAAGCAAUUCAGGACUAUCUCCGAGCUAUCAUCAUCAGGCCAUCAAUGGCCGAGGCUCAUGCAAAUCUGGCUUCAGCUUACAAGGACAGUGGCAAUGUGGAAUCAGCUAUAAAAAGUUACAGACAAUCAUUGAUGCUACGUCCUGACUUCCCAGAAGCAACUUGUAAUCUUCUACACACCUUACAGUGUGCUUGUGACUGGGAUGAUCGAGAGAAGAUGUUUGUUGAAGUGGAGGCGAUACUUAGAAGACAGAUUAAGAUGUCAGUUUUACCUAGUGUGCAACCUUUCCAUGCAAUUGCAUAUCCUCUUGAUCCAAUGCUAGCUUUAGAUAUCAGUCGAAAGUAUGCCCAGCAUUGCUCCGUGAUUGCAUCUCGCUAUUCACUUCCUCCGUUCAGCCAUCCUCCUCCAUUUCCCCUUAAGGGUGGUAGGAAUGGUCGACUGAGGGUUGGGUAUGUUAGUAGUGAUUUCGGCAACCAUCCAUUAUCACAUCUCAUGGGAUCUGUGUUUGGCAUGCAUGACAGAGAAAACGUUGAGGUUUUCUGCUAUGCUCUAAGUCAAAAUGAUGGUACUGAAUGGAGGCAGCGCAUCCAGACUGAAGCUGAGCAUUUUAUUGAUGUAUCAUCCAUGUCAUCUGAUAUGAUAGCCAGGAUGAUUAAUGAGAAUCAGAUACAUAUUCUUGUCAAUCUUAAUGGCUAUACCAAGGGGGCUAGAAAUGAGAUAUUUUCCAUGCAACCUGCUCCAAUCCAGGUUUCAUACAUGGGAUUCCCCGGAACUACUGGAGCAUCCUAUAUACAUUAUUUGGUUACUGAUGAGUUUGUUUCACCUACUCAGUACUCACAUAUUUAUUCAGAGAAGCUUGUGCAUCUACCUCAUUGUUAUUUUGUAAAUGAUUAUAAGCAGAAAAAUCUGGAUGUACUAGAUCCAAAAUGCCAACCAAAGCGCUCAGACCAUGGACUCCCAGAGGACAAAUUUAUAUUUGCUUGUUUCAAUCAACUCUACAAGAUGGACCCAGAAAUUUUUACAACCUGGUGCAAUAUUCUUAAGCGUGUACCAAACAGUGCACUUUGGCUUCUCAGAUUUCCAGCUGCUGGUGAAAUGCGGCUUCGUGCCUAUGCAGCUGCACAAGGGGUACAACCAGACCAAAUCAUAUUCACAGAUGUUGCAAUGAAACAGGAGCAUAUAAGACGAAGUGCUUUGGCAGAUUUGUUCCUUGACACGCCUUUGUGCAAUGGCCACACAACUGGAACAGAUGUUCUUUGGGCUGGCCUACCUAUGGUGACUCUUCCCCUGGAGAAAAUGGCAACAAGAGUUGCUGGUUCAUUGUGUCUGGCUACAGGUUUGGGGGAAGAGAUGAUUGUCAGCAAUGUGAAAGAGUAUGAAGAGAAGGCUGUAUCACUGGCACUUAAUCGCACAAAACUGCAGGAUCUGACGAAUAGACUAAAGGCUGCACGGAUGACAUGUCCUCUGUUUGAUACAACACGCUGGGUUAAGAAUCUGGAGCGUGCAUAUUUCAAGAUGUGGAGUCUGUACUGCUAUGGCCAACACCCUCAGCCCUUCAAAGUGACAGAGAAUGAUGCGGAAUUCCCUGCAACCGUUAGUAGUUGAGAAUAGAGAAAAACGGGAGUGUAGAUAUGCCAAAGAGAAUGUGAAGAGCCUAACUAUUUAUGACGGCCAAGUUUGGAGAUGCUAAAACUGAAAUUCAUAUAUUGAUUGUGACGAAUCUAAAAUGGAGCUCUUGUUGUGGGUCUGAUUCUCCAACCAAAUUUUCUGUGUACUCUGCCAUUCCCACGCUGCUUUUCCUUCCAGCGUAUGUGCCGUGUGCUGUAUUACUAAUAUGAUGAUUUAUUAGGGUAUAGUAGAGGGCGGUGCUGAGCUGUCUGGGUACUUGCCCCUAACCGAACUGGAAAUACGCAGGAUUUGUCUUCUUUAAAAUAAAGCUUGUGUAAUAUCUACCAUUUGUGCUUUUGAAAGAAAGCUGUUUAAUAUAUAUGUGUUGGUGUCUA